AUGGACGUUGUUCGGGAUAUUGUACUGGGCGAUGAGUACUGGUCGGGCGUUGACGUCGACACGGAUGAAGAGAUCUUGGACGUGAUCCGUGAUAGCCUGAUGAAUCUGUGGCACGUGCCGGGAACCUGUAAGAUGGGCAAAGAAGACGAUUCCAGGGCGGUUAUCAACAGCGACACCAAGGUGUUUGGUGUGGGAGGCUUGAGGGCGGUCGAUGGUGACAGUUUUCCCAUUCUGCCGACCGGGCAUCCUCAGAGUUCCAUAUAUGCGCUUGCAGAAAGAUUGCUGAUGACAUCAUCAACAGGUGUAGGCAAGUGUCGCAAUAUUUCAAUAGUGUCUUAUUAUUAA